GCAUUAAUAUAAAGGGAUGCGAUCAUACCAUCAGACGAUCAUUUUAGUACAUCUCGUGAACACGGUCGUAUCAUUAAAACUUAUCCAUCGAGACUUGAAAUGGAUGAUUCCAUCGAACGAAUACCUGAACCAAAACCAAUAACCUAUCAGCGUAGCGUAUCGUUUGAUGAAGCUCUCUCAAUGACAAAAUUCGGAAAAAUCAACUAUAUUCUCAUCAUCAUCUCUGGGACAAUACUCACAUCGGUGUUGCUGGAAACUCUAGGGAUAAGUUACGUGAUACCAGUAGCGGAGUGUGAUUUAUUGUUGACAACAAAAGAGAAAGGUGUUCUGAGUGCAGUAGCUUUCGCAGGCAUCAUCGCUAGCUCUCACCUCUGGGGAUUUCUUGCUGACACCCUGGGGAGGAAGAAAGUCAUAGUACCGACGCUCAUUCUAACAUUCACUGCAACCGUUAUCUCAAGCUUCACGACAUCUUUCUGGAUCAUAACGAUUCUACGAUUUUUUGCUGGGUUUUUUAUUUCUGGCUCAUCCGCAACCAUCUACGCGUAUCUCGGCGAAUUUCACAAUAAACGCGAUGGAUCCAGAGCGAUCAUGGGAGCCUCCUUUGUAUUCGGGAUGGGUUGUCUAUUACUACCAGGUAUAGCUUUCUCGGUCAUAAAUCAGGAAUGGGAGUAUGCGAUUCCAUUCAUGAACAUAAUUUAUCGUCCUUGGAGGCUAUUCCUGGUUGUAUGCGGUUUGCCAAGUUUAGUUUGUGCUUUCGUUUUGCUGAAAUUCCCCGAAAGUCCAAGAUUUGUCCUGAACCAAGGUGAUGUCGAUAAAACAAUCGAAACAAUCCAAUGGAUGCAUACACUGAACACGAAUGGAAGGGAAGCAAAACUACGAAUUUCAUCGAUACGAGAUGAGGUAGAAGCACAACAGACCAAGUUUCGACGGAGCGAGUCGAGUGACACCAAAGGAAUAACCGCGUUGAUGAAACUCAUGUGGAAUCAAACUGCUCCAUUGUUUAUGACACCGUAUUUGAACAAUACCGUUAUUGUUUGUAUUUUGCAAUUUGGGAUAUAUCUUACAUCGAAUGGCAUGUACAUGUUUUUCCCCGAUAUUCUGAACCGCGUUGCGGAGAUUCAAGAGAGCGGUUUAAAUAGGACUACAAUUUGCAACGCUGUUUAUACCACACAAGUAAAUAUUCGCAUGCUUGAAACCAACCUAUCCCAAACGAUUCCCGAAUGUAACCAGAAGCUCGACAUUAUGGCUUACGAACAUUCGUUUAUCCUGGAACUCCUGUACGCCCUCGGCUUCGCCGUUAUUGGGCUCAUCAUUAACGCUGUCGGUAAAUUGCCUAUUCUGGUGUAUGUUUUUGUGAGCUGUGGUCUGUCAGCAAUACUGAUUAUUUUCAUCGAUAUUCCACUGCUGUCCGUAUGGUUAUACCUGAUCCUACUAACAUGUGGCUUCUGCAUUAGUGUUGUGAAUGCAGUUACGGUUGAUCUGUUUCCUACUACUUUGAGAGCGAUGGCCAUUUGUAUUUCGUUGAUGUUUGGAAGGCUGGGUAGCGUGGUGGGAGCGAAUAUGGUCGGAUUGCUGCUGGACACUCAGUGUGAGCUUACGUUUUGGAUAUCAGGUGUUUCGUUAAUUUUAUGUGGGAUGCUUUCAUUUUUCAUUCCCAAUAUCUACAAACGGAGCACAUCCGAGCCAAGAGCAAGCGUCUCAUCGCGAUGAGGCGAUGUAGUGGAGACACCUUAUAUUUUAAGAGUUUCGUUUAAAUAGACUGAAAUAUUAAUAUGACUAGUGGUGGAUUGCAGACGGAGGAGACUUAUGUAUUAUUACAGUAUAAGAAGCAUACAAUAAGGAUAAAAAUAAGCUUUCUAUUUUAUAUAAUUCCAAUAAAAUAUGAAACUUCUAA